CUAUAAUUAGGGUUUAUGGUUAUCCAGCAAUUAGACCAAUUUUGAGGGAGAGAAAGACAGAGAGAUAGAGAGAGAGAGUGAGAGAAUUUCAAUGGCGUCAAGGGUUUCUCUGAAGGCGAAAGGCAAGAGUUCGAAGGGGUCGAAGGCGCCGGAGGAUCGAUCCGCGAGUGAGAGUCUGAAAGAAUGGACCACAUGGACGAUGAGGAAAGCUAAGGUCAUCACCCACUAUGGCUUCAUCCCUUUGGUCAUCAUCAUUGGUAUGAACUCUGACCCCAAGCCUCAACUUUCCCAGCUUCUAAGCCCUGUCUGAUCUCAUUCCCUCGCCGUUUCUUCAUCUCAAAUCGCAUCAACGACGGGUCGCUUCUUCUUCUUCUUCUUCUUUUACCCCCCUUUUUUAUUUAUAUCUUGUAAGUUUGUGGAUCUAAUUUUACUCUCAUAUCUGAUGUGAUAUGAGGAGACCUAAGUGGAUUAUAUGUAGCUUGUUUGAUUUUGGAUAAUUUUCUAAGACGCAGUAGAAGAAUAAUACCCUUAUUAUAUUUGCUAUUUUCAACUAUUGUCUCAGUGUCUUAGUUUGUUUUUCUUGACGAUGGUAAUCGUUUGAUAAAUAAAUAUGUUUUGAGCUA